GAGCGUUUUAUUGUUUUUGGCAUUCGUUUGAGUUAAUAACGCUGUUUACGUUGACGGAUAACUUGGCGGGACAGGAAACGCAAUUACCAACCGCAUUAAGCCAAACUACAAUUACAAUAAACACGAAAAUCAUCCACACACCGCAGACCAACAGCAAAACAAAAGGAAACCGUGAGAGAGCAAAAACAGCGGUAAAUUCGGCAAAUAACGUUACACAACCCCACUAAAACUGCAGCCAGAACCAAGAGAGAAAGAGAGCAAAAGGAGCAAUGGGUCUACUGAGCGAGGGCAGUCCACUAUCCUGGGAGGAAACCAAGGCACUGGCGGAUCAUGUGCGUGAACACGGUGUCAAUCAGUUCAUCAACCUGUACCACAGACUCAAGGAUCGCCAGGGUGAUAUACUCAAAUGGGGCGACGAGGUGGAGUACAUUAUUGUAAAGUUCGACGAUGAGGAAAAGGUAGCCCGAGUGGCCCUGCGUGCCCAGGAUCUGCUGGCCCAGCUGAACGAGAAGGAACUGGCCGAUCCCAAUGGCGUGAAGUCGCUGUGGCGUCCGGAAUACGGUGCCUACAUGAUUGAGGGCACUCCGGGCAAACCCUUUGGCGGUCUGAUGGCCCACUUCAACCUGGUGGAGGCCAAUAUGCGCUAUCGUCGCGAAGAAGUCACCGAGCUGCUGGGCAAGGACGAGUGCGUCAUGUCCAUCACGAACUUCCCGCGCCUGGGUGCCCCCAAUUUCACCUAUCCGCUGGCCCAGCCACGUCCCGAGGAUCCACUCAGUUCCGCUCGCUCGCUCUACUUUCCCGACGAGGCCAUCUUUCCCGGUCAUCCGCGCUUCAAGACCCUCACCCGUAACAUUCGCAAGCGACGCGGCGAAAAGGUGUCCAUCAAGCUGAAGGUUUUCAAGGAUACAAAGACCAAGUUGCCGGUGGAGGGUGCCCCACCUGGGGAGCCGGAUGUGGUGCUCCUCGAUGCCAUGGGCUUUGGCAUGGGCUGCUGCUGCCUGCAGCUGACCUUCCAGGCCUGUAACAUCACAGAGGCACGCCGCCUCUACGACCAGCUGGCGCCCCUUUGUCCCAUCAUGUUGGCCCUGACCGCCGCCUCGCCCAUUUACAGGGGCUAUCUCACGGAAUCGGAUUGCCGCUGGAACGUGAUCAGCUCCUCGGUGGACUGUCGCACGGAAGAGGAACGCGGCCUGGCGCCGCUGGACAAGCAAAAGUUCCGGAUUGCCAAGUCGCGAUACGAUUCCAUCGACUCCUAUUUAUCACCCGAGGGGGCCAAGUACAACGAUGUGCCGCUCACCUAUGACGAGUCGGUCUAUCAGCGUCUGGUCGAUGGCGGUAUUGACCACCUGCUGGCCCAGCAUGUGGCCCACUUGUUCAUCCGGGACACCGUGUCGCUGUUCAGCGAGAAGGUGCACCAGAACGACAACGAGGACACGGAUCAUUUCGAGAAUAUUCAGUCCACCAACUGGCAGACCAUGCGCUUCAAGCCGCCGCCACCGAACAGCUCGAUUGGCUGGCGAGUGGAGUUCCGCCCUUGCGAGGCUCAGAUCAGUGACUUUGAGAACGCGGCCAUUGUGUGCUUCGUCGUCCUGCUCACCCGUGUGAUCCUCUCCUACCAACUGAACUUCCUCACGCCGAUCAGCAAGGUGGACGAGAAUAUGCAGACGGCUCAGAAGAGGGAUGCCUGUCGCAAGGAGAAGUUCUGGUUCCGCAAGUCCUCGAAGACCACCGAGCAGAGGGCGGCCAAGGCUCAGGCCCAGGCCCAGGCUCAAGCUCAGGCUCAGGCUCAGACCAAUGGCAAGGCCACUUUGAAUGGCGGAGGUGUGACCGAGAAUGGCAAUGGGCCAAUGGCCAAUGGCAAUGGCAGCGAGAAUGGAGACCAGGAAGAGCAGCAGCAGCAGCAGCAGCCUCCUCUGACCAACGGUUCGGCCAAGAUGAACGGACACGGCGAUAGCAAUGGCACCAGCAACGGCACCACCAAUGGUUCCUCCAAUGGCUCCUUCAAUGGCGCAGACAGCGAUCACACCGACACCGAUGACGAGGAGAACGAGCUGUUCCAGCUGCUGUCCAUCAAUGAGAUCUUCAAUGGCAAGCCCAAUGUGUUUCCCGGUCUGGUGCCAUUGAUCCGCAGCUAUCUGCAGUCCAUGGAGGUGGACACCGAUACGCAUUGCACCAUUGAACAGUAUCUGCGCUUCAUCGAGAAGCGUGCCGCCGGCGAGCUGAUCACCACGGCCACCUGGAUGCGUGAGCAGGUGCUUAGCCACCCGGACUACAAGCAAGAUUCAGUGGUGAGCGAGGGCAUCAACUACGAUCUGCUGAAGCGCAUCCAGGGCAUCCAGGAGGGCAAGCACGUGGAGCCAGCGCUGCUCGGCCAGGGCUAUCAUUCCAAGACCAAAACGAAAGACUUCAUUCCGCCGGCGCUGCAGAAACAGCUGGCCAAGAACGGCUGCUGCGAGGAGAAAUGAUCGAGGAGCGCGCUGCGGACGCGUCCAACGCAGCUGGCCGCCGGUGGCCGGCGCAUGUGAUUCGGGUUUUGUGGGUCCGUUCGGGUGUAGUGUGGCAUAUGUUGAGGGCAAAGGCGAAAGGCAACGGCGAAAGGCAACGGCGAAAGGCAACGGCAAAACGAAACGGAUACGGCAAACGGAGCAACAUUUAUCAAUAUUAUUUUUAGCAUAAUUUAAAACGGAUUAACAAUUAGCGUGCACCAAAAUCCUAAUUGUGGACAAAUGUUUUGCGGCCGUGCGUGGCCUUUGCAAACGAAUGGCCGGAAGGCAGUAGGCAGAAGAAGGAGGAGGAGGAGGAGGAGGAGGAGGAGGAGGAGGAUGGACUAAGGAAUGGUUAUGGGGCACAGGAGGAGGAUUCCUUGCGAGGAUCCCCAGCCAGCCAACCAGAAUAUCCUCCCCUUGAGCAGGUGCGUCAUCGUUUCGAUGGGAUCUGAAGCCCUCGAUCGCAACCGAUAAUUGCAAUAGUUAAAUAGAGAACAACUAAGAAAUACGAAGUCUACUUUAUACCAAUGUCAAGAACUACUACAACAACAUAAAUCUCAACCAAGUGCCGUUCCACAAGACCUACAACAAAAAUAUGAAGAAUACAUAUAGUUCAAAUCGAGGCAAGGUUAAAAACGUCUUUCUGUUUGUUUUCGUUUACAUCAUAUAUAUUUAUUAUUCCUAUUAUUACAAAGUGCAAGUACAAUGAAAAGUUGUUUAUUUUUUUUUUUUAAUAGAUAUAUUUACACACACGCAAAACACAUAUGUAUGUCUAAAAGUGGCCUGCUGUUUAAACUAAAUAUGAUAAGUAUAACUAAACCAACACUUGUGCUAUUAUAAUUUAUUGUGUAUGUGAUUGUUUCACCAUUAUGAUACGAUUAUGAUUUAUUGUGACCACAAGCAAGCAAAUAAACGGAAAAAAUUGUUGAAUCUUUAAA